ACUGUGGACAGACAAGUGAAGAAAGGCAAACUGAGAUACAACUUGCUGCUUUUUGUAGUCACAUGGUGACAACAUAUAGAAAGUCAUAUCUGCAACUUGAUGGGAGACAGGUCCUUUCAACCAAAAGACAGGUUUUCUCUGUAUAGCCCUGGCCAUCCUAGAACUCACACAGUAGACCAGGACCUUGAACUCAGGGUUCCGCCUAACUCUCUCCCCAUUGCUGAGAUUAAAGGAAUGCACCACCAACCACCAUUACCACCACUGCUGGGCUUGUGAGAUAAUUUAAAAAUGGCAGAACUGUUUAUGGAAUGUGAAGAAGAGGAGCUAGAGCCAUGGCAGAAGAAAGUGAAAGAAGUUGAAGAGGAUGAUGAUGAUGAGCCCAUCUUUGUUGCGGAGAUAGCAAGUUCAAAACCAGCUAUUUCAAAUAUUUUGAACAGAGUUAACCCCAGCUCUCAUUCAAGAGGAAUAAAGAAUGGUAUACUUAAUCGAGGUUUUACUGCUUCAUUCAAGCCUACAAGUCAACGCUGCCUGAAUUCAACAUCAAAUCCUGUGACUGCCUUGCCAGUACAUUUUCAUCCUGAAUCUAGAUCUUCAGAUAGCUCUGUUAUUGUUCAGCCAUUUUCUAAACCUGGUUAUGUAACAAAUUCACCACGAGUUCUGUCUAAUAACUCUUCAGAGUUACUGUUUGACUUGACCCAAGAUACAGGAUUAUCACAUUACCAGGGGGGACCAACACUUUCUAUUGCAGGUUUGAAUGAAACUUCAUUUUUAUCAAAACGACCUUCUGAUUCUGACAUAAGCAGUGUUAACCCCAAAAAGCCUAAACCCAGUGAAAAUAUUUCUGGAACAGAUGCCUCUUCUGUUGUCUCUUCAGAAAAGUCUCCAUCAGUGAUGUCUCUCCAAGUGGUGCCAUCGCAAGGUAUAAAUUGCUCAUCAAAUCAAUCUAAGAAUGGAACAACUUUUCCAAGAGCAUGUCCCAAGUGUAAUAUUCACUUCAAUCUUUUGGAUCCUCUGAAAAACCACAUGACGGUAAAUCUUUUCCAAAAUCUAAUUUUGAAAGUUUGAA